ACAAUCCCCUUCCACGCUGCAGUUCAAUUUCCCCCCUCCCCAAAAACCCAAACUCAGUCCUUCCAGCGGCCGAGACUGGUUCCCUCUUCUCUUUUAAAUUCAGGAAGUGGCUUCCUUGCAAUGAACCGAAUCCUGUCGGACUGGAGAAUUGUGAAGUGGAUAGAGGAGGAACAAACAAUGAUGGUCGAAGUUUGAGCAUGGAGUUGGAUCCCAAAGCGUUUGUUAAAGGCAGUUGGAUUUCGAGGGUGUUAAAUGUUUGCUCCGAAGAUGCCAAGGCUGCUUUUACUGCCGUGACUGUUAGUUUACUUUUCCGGUCGUUUUUGGCUGAGCCAAAGUCAAUUCCGUCGGCUUCUAUGUACCCUACUUUAGAUGUUGGCGACCGCAUUGUGGCUGAGAAGGUAUCAUAUUUCUUUAGAAACCCAGAGGUUUCCGAUAUUGUUAUAUUCCGGGCACCUCCUAUCUUGCAGGAAAUUGGGUUCAGUUCAGGUGAUGUUUUCAUUAAAAGGAUUGUUGCUAAGGCUGGGGAUUGUGUUGAAGUUCGAGAUGGCAAAUUGUUAGUUAAUGGUGUUGUUCAAGAUGAAGAUUUCGUUCUAGAGCCAUUAGCUUAUGAAACGGAUCCUACGGUUGUGCCUGAAGGUUAUGUUUUUUUGUUGGGAGAUAACCGCAACCACAGUUUUGAUUCCCAUGACUGGGGUCCACUUCCCAUAGAGAACAUUGUUGGUAGAUCUGUAUUUCGCUAUUGGCCUCCAUCCAAAGUUUCAGAUACUAUACAUGACUUAAAUGUGGGGAAGAAUGCUGUAGCAGUUUCUUGACAUCUUAGAUAUCUUCAAGACUUAUGCGAGUCAAUAUUCAGCAGCAAAGAAUUCGGAACUCGAUUUCGUGCCCUGGAGCAUUAUUUUAUUGGAUGAUGUAUUCACAAUAUCCAUUUUUUGUUAUCUUGUUGAUGGCCAAUUGUUGACCACGGACACAUUUUUCCUGUAAUUAGAUUGUCAAAUUUACCUCGACAAGGAUUUGGAAGAAUCAAGGAAAGAAAAAUGAAUGAUAUCUCUCUGA